AUGAUGGAGGAGGCAGUGUGGCUGGUGGAGCAAGGGGUUGCGGCGAUUGUUAGUGGGACCGGGGAAGGAGUGGCUGAGCGGCUAAGUGGUGUGCGGGCGGAACAGUGGGCGGAGUGGGAGCGAGGAGCGGCGCUGGAGCGGGGCGCGCAGCUUGCGUGGAAGCGGGAGCAGCUGGCGCAGAAGAAGCCGGAGCGCGCGGUGACUGAGCGCGACGAGGCGCUCAUGCAGCAGUCGGUGUUUGUGCAUACUAGGGACACGCCUAGGGCGGUCCCUAGCGGGGUGCCUAGGGAUGCCGAGUCAACCGCCGAGUCGCCUGGAUCGGCGGCUAUAGACGUAACGGCGCUACUCAAGAGAGACAAUAGGCUUCGGGCGAACUACGGGGUGUACAGAUCGCUUAGGGCGAAGGGGUACGUUUUGUCGCCUGGUGCGCGGUUUGGUGGGCGGUACGUUGCUUACCCGGGCGACCCGCUACGGUACCACUCGCACCUUAUAGUGCAGGAGGCGAUGGACAAGAAGCAGGAGAUUGAUUUGUUGAGCAUGGUGAAUGGGGCUCGGCUUGGGACGAGUGUGAAGAAGACGUGGGUGCUUGCAGGCGUUGGGGCUGAGAAAGAAGAGGCUGGGGCCGAGGCUGAGCCUGAGACCGAGUUUUACUCUGUGGAAUGGGCAGGGUUUGGAUAG